AUUGAAUCCAUAUCAGACGAGUAUUCAAGUAAGACAAGAAUCUCAGCAGAUUCAAUAGAUACUGGAUAUGAUUCAAUCGAGUCUUCUAUAAUAAUAGAUAACAUAAAUCUGAUCAUUAUUCCUGAAGAAUAUAAUACAUUAGAUCAAAGUUUAAACAGUUCAAAUAUUACUCAAAAAUAUAAUAAAACAGAUAAAUUUUAUUUACCAGAUAUUGUACUAUUAAUUUUUAAUGAAACUGAGACUGACGACGAAUCUGAAUCAGAAGAAUUGGUCGAACUAGAUUUAGAAAUCAAUCAAGAACAAGAAUCUAAAUUCAAACUAGAUUUAGAACAAGAAGACAAUUUGGACUAUUUAUGA